UCACUCACAGCUUCGGGAAGAUCUGAAGAGGUUCUUGCUUCAACAGUGAUUGAACGGAACUUCGAUCUCGCCGGAAAUUAUUUAAGCCUAUUUAAAUUUCGUAUUUAUUCUGUAUCAAUUUUGAUAGGCUAAUAAAACCUGCCGAAAUGGAGACUUCUCAGAUUCGCCAGAACUACGACCGCGACUGCGAGGCUUUGAUCAACAAGAUGAUCAACUUGGAGCUUUACGCUUCCUACAUUUACACUUCAAUGGCUUUCUACUUCAAACGGGAUGAUGUCGCUCUUGCUGGUUUUGCCAAGUUCUUCAAGAAGAACAGCGAGGAGGAGCGCGAGCAUGCUGAGAAGUUCAUGGAGUUCCAGAACAAGAGGGGGGGACGCUUUGUGCUUCAGGACAUCAAGAAACCUGAUCGUGAUGUGUGGGGCAAUGGACUGAUUGCUAUGCAGUGUGCUCUUCAGCUGGAGAAGAACGUCAACCAGGUUCUGCUGGAUCUGCAUAAGGUCGCCUCUGAGAAGGGAGACCCUCAUCUGUGUGACUUCCUGGAGACUCACUACCUGAAUGAGCAGGUUGAGGCCAUCAAGAAGCUUGCUGACCACAUCACCAACCUUUCCAAGAUGGAUGCUGGCAACAACAGGAUGGCGGAGUACCUGUUUGACAAGCACACCCUGGAUGGAGACAGCAGCUAAAUGCAGCCCUCAGA